ACACACACGCAAAGCUAAACUUCCGUCUUUCUUUCGCUGUGUUUGUUGUGACUCGUGUGUGUGAAUUCGAAUUUGUUUUUUUGCCAUUUUUGUUUCAAAUUUUGAUAUCAAAAUGCAAAUUUUCAUCCGCCAUCAAGGUACCCAUGUGGUCGAAUGUUCCAAUGAUGAUUUUGUUUAUGGAUUGAAACAAAAAAUUGAACAACUUCAUCAGAUUCCAGCUGAAGAACAAAUCCUCUAUCAUAAUGGACAUGCAUUGGAUGAUGAUGAACGUAUUGUCGAUUGUUUGACAAAUGGUACGAAUAUUGAAUUAAAUCUACGAUUAUUGGGUGGUAAAGUUCAUGGUUCAUUGGCUCGUGCCGGUAAAGUACGUGCACAAACACCUAAAGUUGAUAAACAAGAAAAGAAAAAGAAACCUACUGGUCGUGCUAAACGUCGUUUACAAUAUAAUCGACGAUUUGUCAAUGCUGUACGUGUUCCAGGACGUAAACGUGGACCUAAUGCUAAUGCCUAAUUAAAAAUGAUUGUCAUUUUUCUUCAAAAAUUGAUUGAAUAAAAAAAUUUUUUAAUCAAAAAAAA